AUGCCCUCCAAGAAGUCGAAAAAGAAGGAGCGGCGCCUCGACCCUCGCGGGUACGCCACAGCGAGCACACCCAGAUCUUCGCACAAGGAGGACUGUGACGACGGUGCCCACGUUUCUGUUGGUGCGCGCCUCGCCGUGAGACCGGGCGGCUCGGUGCGGCUGGGGCUGCGCGUGCGCGCGCCUCCUGCGCUGGGCUUGGAGGAUGCCGCAGGAGAGCCCACCCUUCGGCCCGAGGAGAGCCCGACCGCGCCCGUGCAAACUUUGCCGGCAGUGCCGGCACGGCUGUCACUGCCGAAAACGGAGGACUCGAGCCCUGUCCUUGAAAGGCCGCCGCCUCCCGAGCCGCCGGGAGCCUCGCGCCCCAUCCCCAUCCCACUGGCGGCGCGGCCGGUGGGGGCGCUAUCUCCCGAACCGGUGCUCAGCCCCGUGCAAUUUGCCAUCGAGGCCACGAGAGGCAUCGCAGCGCGCAGCGCCUUCGGCGGAGGGAGCGUCGCCGUCCCCCGUCGAUGCGACCACCCCUUCUGCUGCGGCUGCAUCCUCAACUGGGCGCUGCAGAAGCCAAAGUGCCCGCUCUGCCAGGUCGGCUUCUCGCACCUGUGGAUGUACAAGCAGCUGGACGGGUCGUACAACGACUAUUUGCGCGAGGAGUCCCUCUCCCUGCUGCACCGCGCCGUCUGGUUCCGCAAGGCCGUGUCGAGCGAGUACUCCCCCCAGCCGGUGGACGACGAGGACGAGUACCACGAGUUUCUGCAGUACGAGUUUAGCGGCCGGCGCGACGAGGAGGAGGAGCAGAUGUACUACCUCGAGAUGCAGGAGCGGGCCGCGCUCGGCAGGCAGAGCCGGCGCGCCAUCGGCAACCGAAUGUUUGGCUCGGGCGGGGUGGUGCAAGGGGGGCGGCUCAAGGCGCGACCGCUGCCCGUCACCCCUAAGUUUACCUCCAAGAAAGGCGGCGGCGGCGGAGAGAGCAGCGGCGGGGGCGGUAGCAGCGGGGGCGGCGGCAGCAGUGGCGGAGGCAGCAGCGGGGUCGGCGGGGGC